AUGAGGGCAUCUCGGUUCCAGCAGUUCCUGAGUCCUUUCCUCCGCAAGGCCCCCGUCGCCCCGACAUGCCAGACGAGGUGGCUUCAUAAAACCAGAGAAGCCCCGCCGAUUCCGUCGCCGAUACCUCUCAUUCCCGAUGUUGAGACCUUGUUGAAGGUCGUCGGCCGCGGCCUCAACCAGCACCUCGACAAGUUCCCCACAUGGGAUGCUCUGUUCUCCCUCACAUCGCUACAGCUCCGAGAGCUUGGCCUCGAGCCACCAAGGGAACGACGAUACCUCCUCUCAUGGCUGGAUAGAUACAGGAAGGGCGCAUUUGGCCCUGGCGGCGAUUUCAAAUAUGUCGAGAGUGGGGAGGCCAUCUUGAAGGUCGUCCGAGACCCCGCGACAGACAAGAAGAUUGUCGUCAACGUGCCGGCGGACGCCGACGUGAGCAGCCUGCAAAUCGCUCAACUCACAAAGCCUACGGGCUACACAGUGCGCGGCGCAAACACGAUUUCUGGCCCUCAUGCCCUGCCUCUACCGGGCGGCGAGGGAGCUCGUGUGGUUGUGGCGGAGGGUAUGUGGGAGCACAAGCAGGGUCACAAGGUUGAUGGUGGUGAACGCAGGAGGGGUGAGGUUCGCUUCAAGAAGCGCAUCGCAGCGCGUAAGGCAGAGAGGGAGGCUGCCGCUGGUCUACGAUAA